GGCAGACGGAGUGGAUCUUACGCGGUAACUAAAGCAACAUUUCAACUGAAACGCACAAAUUCAACACUACUCUGCAACAAGACAUCAACAAUGAGGGAGAGACAGAAGAAAAAGAAGGGGAGGACGUGGGCGGAAGCCGCUAAAACGGUUUUGGAGAAAUACCCCAACACACCUAUGAGCCAUAAAGAGAUCUUGCAGGUGAUUCAAAGAGAAAGGCUUAAGGAAAUAAGAAGUGGAACCUCACCACUGGCAUGUCUGAAUGCAAUGCUGCACACAAACUCUCGUGGCGAGGAGGGGAUCUUCUACAAAGUUCCAGGCAGAAUGGGGGUCUACACAUUAAAGAAAGACAUCUCAGAUGUGGCAAAGGAGCUGUCUGAGGAGGGCUCUGAGGAGAGCAGUGACAAUCUUUCAGACUCCCAGAGCACAGAAAACAACAGUGGUGCCAUCAGUCAGGAGGAGAGGAGAGGAAGGUGGAUGCGAAGAGUUCCCUCCAAGCUGCAGUCGCAGCCAUCGUCUCCGCAGCCACGAUGCUCGUCGCCUUCAGUCCCCACCAGUAAACUGAUCUCUCCCUCACAGAAACACAGCAAGAAGGCUUUGAAACAGGCCUUGAAGCAGCAGCAACAGAGAAACCAGCGCAGACAGGGGGGAAUGCCAACCACCUCCAGUCCCAGGCUGCUUCUGAAAACCAUCAAAGAUAUGACUGACAUUACUACAAAGACUGACUUAUGCCACCCAGUCGUCCCACGGAAGGUUUCCCCGAGGUCAGGCCGCCUUAGUGCAGGGCAGCUGAAACGCACCAAGUGUAAAAUAGAUGUAGAAACACCAGACUCCAUUUUGGUUAACACCAACCUGCGGGCAAUCAUCAACAAGCACACCUUCUCUGUCCUGCCCCUAGACUGCCAACAGAGGCUGCUCAAACUUCUGCCUGAAGUUGACCGGCAGGCUUGCCUGGACGGCCUUCUGAAGGUCACUAGUUCUGCCUUAAACAAUGAGUUCUUCACAUCAGCAGCACAGUCUUGGAAGGAGAGGCUGGCUGAGGGGGAAUUCACUCCUGAGUUGCAGCUACGAAUGCGGCAAGAAAUUGAGAAGGAAAAGAAAGUGGAGCACUGGAAGGAGGCCUUCUUUGAAAACUAUUAUGGUGAAAAUUCUGGGCUCAGCGUUGAGGAAUCCAAAGAGCUGACAAAGGCUGAUCUGAAUCAGGAGUCUGCCAGGCCCCAGUCCCCAUCUCAUCAGACAGGACCAUCCGCUCAAGCUCCGGAGGAUCCCAUGGGCGCCAAGGACAGCAGCCAGACUGAUGCUGCUGUGAAAAAUACCAAGCCAACACAGGAGCCUCUGAAGGCACAGCCUGCUCAGAAAGAGCCAGUCUUCACCACGGAGCCCAUGAAGACACGGCGCUCACAGUACGCUGAGGAUCGUAAGUUGAACACCGCGGCACAGUCUGCACCCACACCUGCAGUGACGACACCUGAGGUUGAGAGACGGACUGAACGGUGCGCCGUAAGUGCAUUACCUGAAAAGGAGCAAAAAGAGGAAGUGAAGGAGGAGAAAACUGAACUACCCCAGUUGCCUGUGAAGAAGAGCCGGCUGCCAAAGUCUAGUUCAGAGCUAAAAGAGGAUCCGCCGGCGUCUGUGUUUAAGCCUGCUGAGGAGAGCGAAGAGGUCAUCUCUGAGCCCAGUGACCCCCCAGAGCAGCUGAAAAGGAAAUCUGUCAGUGAGUUGGAGGGUGAAGUGACACCAGAGAAAAGGCCUCGCAUGUCCUCAGUUUCCUCUGUGUCUUCAGUCUCCUCCGUGUCUCCUCCAGCAUCAUCCACAUCCAGCCCCCCUACACCAACUCCAACAAAUCAGAGGGUUCCACCGCUCAAGAUCCCAGUGUCACGAAUUCUUCCCGUUCCUCUGUCACCUAGCCAAGUCUCACCCAGGACUCCCCUCCCAGCCCCGCUUAGCAGCCCGGGCCGCACUGGCGCUCGCACUUUGGCUGACAUCAAAGCCAAAGCUCAGCUUGCCCGAGCGCAGCGAGCAGCAUCGAAGGGAGCUGUGCCAGGCCCAGGGCCAGGGGGAGGCAGUGUUGAGCAGACCCAGCCAUCACCCAGCCCCAGCCCGACAUCUCCACAGGCAUCAGCCAGAUUUCCAACCUCCGACUGCAGCAACAGCCAGACGCCAACGUCUCGCCCAUCUGACUUUUUUGGUCAACAAAGCCCAAACCGUUCUCAAAUGUUGUACUCGAGUAUAACUGAUGAAAAACACAUAGGUCACUCUGCUGGUGCAGUCAGCACUGGACCCUAUGGUGUUCAAAAGAGUUCAAGCACAUCAACGCAGCCCACUCCUUCAUCUGUGUACGCUCUGAAGGGACAGGAAAACCCAUCACCUGCUGGAUCAUCAACCAGGACCAGCUCCUGUAUUCCUGCAAACAACCCACUGGUCACUAAGCUUCUGGAGGGCAAAGAGGUUCCAUUGGAGCAGAUCCUCCCAAAGCCGCUAUCCAGGGUGGAAGUGAAGAUGUCAAACUUACCCUCUGGUAGUAAGGGGAAGACAUCACACUCUGCUGAGCACAGGGCUGAUAAGCAGAUGUCCCAUCAGCUCAAUACAGCAGGCCGAGCAGGAGUUCUCUCAGAAUACACGAGACACCACAGGGAACUUCCUGAUAAGGAGACUCAGGAGCAGAUCCUACAGGCUGUAAUGCAGAGGAAGGCUCAGCAGAGCCAGCCUUAUGGUGGUAUGGGGCCUCAGCACCCUCAGUACAAAGUCCAUCAGCUGGUGCACGCAGAAGAGCGUCAGGACCAAUCUAGGAUCUCAGUAGGAUUUUUUGGUCGUAAGAGGACGCCCAGGCCUGCCAUGACAGGACAUUACCUGCUCAAUGUGUCCACAUACGGCCGAGGACCAGAGAGCAAGAGACUCCACCAGUCUGCCAUCCCAAACACGUCUGUGUCCAGUGUAAAAAGGGAAAGCACAGAAGGAGAGGAGGCGGCUAAGGUAGAAGAACCAGCCAGGAAAGUUUUCUCUCCUGUUUCUGGGGUUAAAACAGAGCAGCAGGGAUACUCAAUAAACAAGUCUGGUAAAGCGGGGAGUGUUGAGCAUUGUUCCAGUGUAAAGACUGAGCCCGGAUCAGAGGAUAGCGCAGCCGGUGCCGACAACAGCACCAGCACGACCGCCAAAGACACCAGCCCUUUUUUUCAGUCACACCGAAGGCACCUCGAUCUCUGCAAUAGUAAUCAAGGAAACUCCGAGCCAUAUCGUACCCAAGUGGACCCCAGUCACCAGCGGCCGUCGGCCUUUCAAACCCAGAGAACGCUCGAUAAUCAGGAGCCCGUGGCAGCAUCGUGCUACGGCGGCACUAUCAGCAUGUCUGUACCUCACACUUUGAACCGCAGCACUGCAGGCACCGGCUCUUCCACGGCCUCAUCAGAGGCUGACGCCGGCGCCGUCCACGGGAGCGUCAUGUCUUUCUCAGUGACCGUCACCACCAUACCUGCCGGUCACUCGCUAGAACACAGCAACCAGGGCGAGCCGUCCCCUGAACAGUCGUACAUCGAGGGCCCCAACAUGGAGGAAGUCCAGUCUAAAUGCUACUGCCGACUGAAGGCGAUGAUCAUGUGCAAAGGAUGUGGCGCCUUUUGCCACGAUGACUGCAUCGGCCCCUCGAAACUGUGUGUGUCAUGUUUAGUUGUACGAUGAUAUGAAAUUAAUAAUAGCUAAAAGAUAUCGUGGGCUGAUUUGUAUUGAACAAGUCACAAAGCAGAAGCAGAUCAUCCAGAAUCGGUGCUCGAGCUAAGCACGUUAGCGGCGCUCCAGAGAAAACAACCAGCAUGUGGCCUCUGUUGGAAAGGCAAGGAUUUACACUGGAUGCGCUUUCGUUUCACCAACAUCUAUGAAAAGUUGUUUUGUGCAAUUUUUUGGUAGAAAUGUCAAUCAGUUUUCAAUCAAAUCAUUAGUGUGUCAGAUGUGUGACAAAUGUAAAAUCUGGCAAUGUUUGCACUCGGCUAGGAUUAGUGUGAUAUAUUUUUUUAAAUAUAUAUAUAUGUGUAGUUUUUAAAAAAGGAGGGAAAGAUGAAUGUUGCUAUUUUUGUAGAACAUGAUGACUUGUUGUGUUUUAGACUGACACUUUUUAUUAUCGGGCUUAAUCAGUUAUGGUUAAAGGCAAAAAAAAAAGGGGGGGGGUGCUAAUGAUAAUCAUUGGUUGUAGAGUACCUCCUAUUUGGCAUUUAUGCACGCAUGGCAGGGAAGUGCAACUUACAGUAACUAUUUUAUAUAAAAAUUGUACAUUUAUUGCAGAACACACACAGAUUUAAGAAGCAGAAAGAGCAUGUAUAGUUUUAGAAAAAGAAUCUAAAGGAGUUUUGAUUGAUUGUUCAACUCAUGAGGAUUGCGCGUCACAUCAUUUUUUGACUAACAGUUGCAGGGCGAAGCACUUGAAAACCACCUGGAUUUAUGGUAGUAACUGUGUACAGCACUUACAUUCAAAGAGAGGGAAAAAGAAGAAUCAUGUCUAUAUAAAAAUGCCUCUUUUGACAAAAUGAGAUCUUUUCCAUUCCAGGUCAAGACCUGGUGUCACUUCCUACUGUGUGAAUUUGCGUUUUCUCCCCAAAAAGCCAGUUUGUAGAUACGGUCUCCCACGAAAUGGGCUUUCUCAUGCUCAUAUGUCUGUACAGUUAGAUCAACAGUGGCAAACAGUAAAGAAAAAAAAAACACUCAAGACAUGGGGAGAAAAUGAAGAUAAUUUUUUUUUCACUGUAAAUAUUUGCUCAUUUAUGGUAUAUGCA